AUGUGUUUCAAAUAAUUUCAAGCUUCUAAAAAGGUUUAAAUACAGAUAGGUAUGUUUAACCAUAUAAUAUCAUUAGUCACCACCUAUUGGGAGAUUUCCUAGUGCAUGACCUGGUACAUAUGAUGUAUAUAGACUAUCCUUUGGAUGGGCACCAGCCUAUCCUGCAAAUGAAUUAUCCUUUAGUAAUUUAAAUUUCUCAAUAAAUAGUGAUAAAAUGAAACCAUUUGUGUGUAUAGAAGAAAUGAAGGUUAUUUAUCUUGUGAUCCAUAGUGAAGUUAGGUACUGACACUUUGAUGCGAUCAAUAUUUUGUUCUUUCCUAAAAUUGAUUUAAGAAAACCAUCACUUCAAUUUCAGGCUAUCCUGAGGCGAAUUACAACAAAAAUUGAGUGAAUUUUGUUGGUUAGAAUAACUAAUAGUAUCCUAACACUUCCAAAAAUCCUGCUGCUUAAGGUUUGUGAUAAGCAUUAACUCAAAGCGAU